AUGCCGCAGACUAUGGUGCUCCGUAUUGUGCUCCGUCAGGCUACUAUUUUGACCCUUUGCAAGUAUGGCACUUUGCCAUACUUCCUCGUAACACAUCCUGCUGCAGGAAUAGCAACGCGGAUUUCGGUGCCUCAUUCCGGAGCCCCUGAUAUUGCUGAUGUCACCAUGCCUUUCACCGGCCAACUGCUGGGUUUGGCUGAGGUGGGGCUGAGGUGUGACCAGGAGAUUGAGAGGAGAUAUGAGAUUGUUCCCUCAGUGGUCUGCUCCAUGUGCUGCCUCUUUGGAAUCAUCUACUGCUUCUUUGGCUAUCGAUGCUUCAAGGCCGUAUUGUUCCUCACAGGCCUAAUGUUUGGCUCUGUGGUCAUCUUCAUGCUGUGCUACAAGGAGAGGGUGAUGGACACUCAGCUCAGCGUCGAGGCGUCAGUGGGCAUUGGCCUGGGUAUCGGGACCCUGUGUGGCCUUGUGACCAUGUUGGUUCGAAGUGUGGGGCUGUUUAUGGUGGGCCUUCUGCUGGGCCUACUGGUUGGAGUGGCUUCACUGGUGGUUAUGGAGGAGUUCUACCACCCCAGAACAGUGUGGGUUCCUCUGGGUAUUCUCCUGGGUUCUGGGACGCUAUUUGCCGUCCUCACUCUUCAAUGGCAGCGCUGCUUCGUCACCCUUUCCACCGCCACAUUCGGCUCUGCCAUCAUCACUGUCACCGUGGAUUACUUCAUAGAGCUGUUCGCCUUGGUCCACUACGUCUACGAGAGGCUCAGGGUGGCACCAAAGAAGCCAGUCUGCUGGUUUACUUGGGUCAUCUUGGGGGUGUGGCCUGUCCUGGCCCUCCUCGGAGUGCUGAUCCAAUGGAAAGUCACUGCAGAGGGAUUUUCUCACACAGAGGUGGUUUUGAGUCGACAGCAACGGAGGGUCCAGCUCAUGCGGAUCCGACAGCGGGAAGAGAAGCUGAAAAAGGAAAAGGAGAACAAGAAGAAGAAAAAACGAGAGAACCAGAAAACCAGCCACAAGCAGAAAGCCCACACCAAUCACCACCACCAGCAGUACCAUCACCCAGCGUCCUCCCACCCUCAUCACCAAGCCCAAAGCUCUCAGCCACCUAAAGUCCCUCCUCCUCAGACUGAACCCGGCUACCACCGCAAGGCCAACCCUAAAAGGCGCUUUGAUGGAGAUGUGCUGUCACCGAGCUACAUCAGGAGUUUCAGGGACAGACAAACAGACAGACGAGCGUACUCCCACAGUCGAAUGAUGAGCCGCUCCCGGAUGGCCGAACUCGACUACGACUGCGGCUCUCGAGUGCCCCUCACGGCUCCCAGUGGACCCCCAGUACGCAUCUGAGACGGAGAAAUGCACACCCACACACACAACCUCACACACACACAAUCGCACAAGGCUACUUCAAACCUCUUCGUCACAGUUAGGGGUAGAAAACCUAACCCUGCUGUGCCAACCUAAUCAACUGCCUACAGGAACUCAAUAUGUCCCACACUGGUUUUCUCCUCUCAGACCUGUAAGAAGUUGUAUGUAUUUGGCCAGUUCGGUCAUGUUUUGUUUUUUAUGAAUGUCAAGACACAAGAACAGAGCCUCUUCUUUUGGAUGGAGUAAGAACUGAUUGCUUGGUCAAAUCUCAAACAUGAGUCAUUACAUACUGUAUUUCUUCAACUUUAAACUUGUUACGUUACCAUACUGGUCUGGGGGACACUGGAAAAAAUAGACCUGUCUGGUAGGGAGUUGAUUGAAAUAUUUGAUUUAAAGAAUCUUCUGGUUGCUUCAAGCCAUAAGAAGUUUUCUCUCGGACUGCAGUGGAGGAAACAAUCAAAACACUAAUUUCACCACAGGAGGGAUGCAUUAUUUUUUUUUUAAAUGCAUUACGUGGCUUUCAUGGAGUCAAGGUAGCACAACCUUCAAAAAAUCUUCCACAAUA